CCUGCCAAGGGUGGGGGCAUAGACAGCUGGGGACCCCGCCCAGGGAGGGCUGGGAGUGUGGCGAGCAGCUUGAGCCCUGGCCCCCACGCGGUCUCGUCCUUGGCUCUGUCCGGCUCUGCCUCACCUGCCCAGGGGGUCCUGAGCAGGCCAGAGAGGUCUCGGUCAGUGCCGGGUCGCAGGGUGGGGGUGUGGGCAGCAUGGCUCUCCUGGCCUGAGCUGCAGCUGCCUCUCCCCACAGCAGGCACGCUGGGGCCCUGGACCGGGCCCGGACCGGCAAGGACCCCGCAGCAGGUGGGCCCUCGCAGCUUCCCCGGCCAGCCCUCUGCCAACGACAGCGACACGCUGGUGCUCACGGACGGCUCGAGGGCGCUGCUGCUGGGCUGGGUGCCUACGAAGCUGGUGCCUGCACUGUAUGCGCUGGCGCUGGCCGUGGGGCUGCCGGCCAACGUGCUGGCUCUCUGGGUGCUGGCCACGAGAGGCCCACGGCUGCCGGCCACCAUGCUGCUCAUGAACCUGGCGGCUGCCGACCUACUGCUGGGCCUGGCACUGCCACCACGCCUCGCCUACCACCUGCGUGGCCAGCGCUGGCCUUUCGGGGAGGCGGCCUGCCGUGCAGCCACCGCUGCCCUCUACGGCCACAUGUACGCCUCAGCGCUGCUGCUGGCUGCUAUCAGCCUGGACCGCUACUUGGCCCUGGUGCACCCGCUGCAUGCCCGGGCCCUCCGUGGACGCCGCCUGUCCACUGUGCUCUGUGCAGGAGCCUGGCUGGGGGCCACCGCGCUGGCUGUACCCCUGGCCGUGCAGCAGCAGACCUUCCGGCUGGCGCACUCCGGCCACCUGCUGUGCCACGAUGCGCUGCCCCUGGCCACCCAGAUGGCUUUCUGGCGGCCAGCGUUCAUCUGCCUGGCAGUGCUCGGCUGCUUCCUGCCGCUGCUGCUCAUGGCGCUGUGCCACGGGGCCACGCUGUGUGCGUUGGCAGGAGGUGGCUGGCGCCACGGCCACGCGCUGCGGCUCACGGCACUGGUGCUGGCCUCGGCCGUGGCCUUCUUCACGCCCAGCAACACGAUGCUGCUGCUCCACUACUCAGACCCGAGCCCAGGUGCCUGGGGAGACCUGUAUGGUUUUUAUAUGCCCAGCCUGGCACUCAGCACCCUCAACAGUUGCGUGGACCCCUUUCUGUACUACUACGUAUCCCCCGAGUUCAGGGACAAGGUGCGGGCACAGCUGUGUCGCUGGCUGCCUGGGGCCACCACCGCCUCCCAGGGCUCCCAGGAAGGGGGCGACCCAGGCACCGGCACCCGCUCCUCCUCCCUCCCCUGAUGGCCCUCAGUGGGUGGCUGGGUGGGCUGGAGACCAGGUCUUCCCAAACUCAAGUCCUUGAGGGCCUCAGCGGACGUCGGGGGCGCCACUGUCAUCGGAGUAAGGUGGCCCUAGACCCCUGCCUCAGGUCCUACGAGAAGAGAAAGCCUGACGGUGGACCAGGAUUGAGGCAGCCACAGUCCCACCCUGAGGACUGUGGAAGCCACGGGGUCCAGGCCACGGGCGAGGGGCGGAUUCCUGCAGCCUGCGGGCACCAGCCCCGCCAUGCCGCAGCCCUGGCCUCCUCCUCCCGGGCAGACAACACAGCUCUGUUGUUCUGAGCCCCCAUCUGUCACCGCAGCCCCCAGAAUGCGAGGGGUUAAAGGCAAGGUUGGGACCAUCACAGCUGGAGCUGAAGGCAGGACCCUGGACUCCAGCUUCUCCUCUUUCAGGAAGCUGCGUGCACUGCCUUGCUCCUCUGCUGCCCCACAUCCUGCAGGGCUCGCGGAGUCCAGGGCACAGUGCCCCACGGCCCCGGGCCGCCUUCUGCCCCCCCAGGUGCCUGCCAUGGGUGUGGGGCGAAGGGGACUGAAGGGCCUGGGACACAGCUGGGCUCUGCAGUAGGUGACCGUGGAUUAAAUGCACCUGUUACAGUCAAAGCCCAGGGUCGUGAACCCCACAGGGAGAGGCAUCCUCUGCAGCCAAGACAGUGCAGCCUGGGUGUUGGGGGACGCGGGGCCCGAGAUCGCGGGGCCACUGUGGGAGGACAGGGGCACAGGCUCGGCAGGGAGCGGGACGCUCAGGGAGGCAGAGGACGCGGCAUGCUCACGCAGGCAGCCUCCCACCGGGCAGCAGCCCAUGCUGGGCAAGGCCGAGCAGUGUCCAACCGCGUGACAGUCACAGCAGCCACUGCUGGUGGCCGGACUCUUCCCUUCCUCCCCGUGGGUGUGGACCCAGGGCCCCAGGCAGCCAGGCCGCCGCCCGCGGGCUGCACCUCAGCUCCUUUGUUCUGGGAUAGGGUCUGGGGGCCCAGGCCGGCCUUGAACUUGUGACGCCCCGUCUCACCCUCAUGAGGAGCCCUGGCGGGGAACGGGUCGCGCAGGCUUCCUGGGCUGUGCCCAGGUGGGCUCAGCUCUGGGCGCCUCCGCGUCCGUCUGGCCCAGCUGGCCAGCUCCGGGCUCAGCCCGCUUACCUGGCUGCAGCCUCCUACCCCUCCACAGAGCCCAAUUCCGGCCUGCACUCCUCUAGGCCCCGCCCCUCCCCGCCCCCAGGGAAGCGGGAGGGAUUCAGCCGCGGAGGCGGAGGCGCCCGGGCCCGCCCAGUGCUCCUUUCCGGUUUAUCUCGAGGCAUCGAGCACCCAGACUUCCUGGGACAGGAGGUUCAUGUGCUGAAGUCCAGCCUGGACAACGGAGCAACUUAGCAAGACCCUGUCUCAAAAUGAAGAGGCUGGGGCUGGGACUGAGUGCAAGGCCCUGGGCUGCCUCCUGGGUCCUGGGCCAGACGCAUCAUGAGAUGGUCUCCGAGCGAGCUGCCCCCACGCACUGGCUCCUGCCGCGCCACGCUGCCUGCUCCGGGACAGCAGGAAGCCCUUCCUCCCCGGGCAGCUGCCACUGACCUGCCGAAUUUCUGGGCCUCCACAACUGUGGGCCAAAAGAAACUUUAUAAACCAGUCUCAGGUCUCCGUCAUGGCAACCAGAACUGGGCCAAGGCACUGCCCCUGCGUGGAGUAGGAACGCCUCAGGUCUUUUCCACGGUCCUGGAGUCUUGGUGUAGGCGUCCUGGGGCUGCUACAGGGUCUCCUGCAGCUCCACUGCAGGUGGGGGCCUGAGGGCCUCAGGGCCCUGAACAUUAAAGGACCCAAGCGCUGCAAAGUACGCGUCUGUAGACAUUUAUGAAGCUGGAAGUCAGCUGGGUGGAGUGCGUGUGUCACGAAGCUACCCGGGACACUGAGGCAGGAGGAUCUCCACCUGAGGCCAGCCUGGGCACUUUUGGGAGACCCUGUCUCAAAACAAAUCACUGGGGUGCAGGUCGGCUGAGAGGAGACGGAGGGCCGCGUCCCGGAACCAGGUCUGCGGCACGGAAGCGCCUGGGGAGCAAAGCCCAACAUGGCUCGGAGAGAGGGCUGACCGCACUUCCGGCCGAGUCCUGUGCCUCCGAGUGACUGGCUAGAGUAAGGGCGAGGCCUGAGGGUGGGACG